AUGUACAGACACUCAUGUCGGCACUUGUCCCUUUCGCAGAGUUUGAGCAAGCGAGGAAAGAUCAAGAAGAUCAUCCUCAAUAGAGUUGGAGAACAAGAGUUCAACCACAACGAAAUCACUAACCAGUCAGCUGAAACUGUUGAAGACGAAAGUCCUCUUGCAAUUUAUGGUGAGCUGGCGCACACUCAGCCAGUCUAUGCGAAUGUCUUUCCGACGAAAUAUGGCGUCAAGAAUUCGUUCGAUACGAUGGGGCACUAUUUGUACUCAAACCAGAACAGAAUUAACCCUUAUGAUAGCUUCGAACUUAUUAACAAAAUGCCCUACAAGGCCCCACGAACGCAAGAAGAAGUAGCAGCGCGAAACGAAGAGCUAGAAAAGAACAUUGAAGAGUUCGACAAAAACUUUGGAGCCGUUUACGAUUCAUCGAGCAUCAGAAAGAACUGGAUGAAGAAUCUUCAGAAGUUGUCAUCGAGAAUUACCGGCAGUAGCAAUAUCACAGAAAAUCUCUACUCAAAAGAUAUUGAAAGCAACUUUUGGAAGCGGUUUUUAGUCAAUUCGCCGUAUCAUAUGUUUGGCAGGGCCGAAUGCUGGGAUAUUUAUGAACGAGCUCAUCAGGCAAUGAAGAGAGAAAACUGGGGCAACCAAGUCAGCCAAGUUGGAAAAGACGCCCUUGACGGAUUGACCGCAGGGCCCUUCAAACACAAAAUUCUCAAAGAAGUUGAAAACGCAACGAUAGAAUGGGAACUCGUAGAAGUUAACUCCGGCUCGUUAAAAGAACCGGUGCUUCUUUCCUUGGACGUGUCUGAUAGUCGGUACGAAGCUGCUGAUGGAACCAAGUAUACUUUUGCGACAGUGAGAUUACAGUCGAAGCAGCGGCUGAAAGUGUGGGAUAGAAUGGGCAACCCAGUUAUUGAAGAUCAAGAGCCUCGAGACGUCGAUGAAAUCGUUACUUUUGUACACAUGGUUCCCGAUCCAAGCUUCCGCGGCUGGCUCAUUUGGGACAAGGAAAAUUACUCGGGCUUUGAAAUUCCAAAUUCGAACAAAACAACCGUCGUGGCUAGACAAAAAGAAAUCGUCGACGAUGCGGACAACUUUUUAAAACAGCAAAUGCACUCGAGCUACAACCACUGGACUGGCGACAAAGAUUACUUGCACGACAGACGACGAGAGUAUUAUCACAAAGGAUGGAACUACGGCGGUACUCAAGAAUCCGAAAGUAUAGCGGGCGAAGGUGGUUUGGAGCACCAAAUGAAGUCGAUGGUGUAUUACGAAAACAAGCAUCCGUCGAUGGCUAAGCGACGACUUUUGUACGCUGGUUUGCCGAUGGAGUUAGACGGGACUCCGUGGGAGCUUCAUUUGAAGCGAAAACGCGCUUUGAUUCAUUACAAGAGAGAAUCUGGAGAUCUACCAAAGAAGAACUAUUCUAAUAGAACGAAGUCGUUGGUCAGAUUCAGAAAGGACUUUGUGUUCUUGGCAGUCGGCGUGCACAAGACGGACACAGACUUCGAUGCUAAAUGGAUCGCUAAAAAGUUGUUGGCAGUAAGGCUUUUUGAAAGUGAUGACGGAAAGACGUGGAACAAGAGCGCCAAGGAUCAUGGAUACGGAAUUCUAGCUGUCUCUCAAUUCACCCUGUAUGCCUUUUUGAAGGGAAACAAACCCGAUUUCCAUCUCGCAAUGGGUGGCGACGAAGCGAAGCGACUCUUCGAUUUGGUCGUUUCUGAGAUGAAACAGAAUUACCAAGAUAAUAAAAUUGAAACUGGUGUAUUUGGAGCGAUGAUGGAAGUGGACAUAGUCAACGAUGGCCCAGUGACUAUUGAAUUCGACUCCACCGAAUCCCGACCAAAGAAAUAG